AUGGUAGCAUCUCCAUCAUCACUCCUCCUGGUUUGCACGCUGCAGAGUUCGAAAAAGAGGAUGGAACUCAAGGAGGCGCAGUAUUUUUCGAAAGAUUUCGAGUGGGAAAAACUCAGAGAAGAAAUCGAAAAUGACAUUUCUCUUCAUUACCAUCUAGAAUCCCCUCCAUCAUCAUCUUUUUCUCUUUCAAAAGAUUCUGAGGCAUGGCAAAACUUCCACAGUCGUCACUACUCUGGAAGGUUCUUCAAGGAAAGGAGGUAUUUAUUGAAAGAAUUUCCAGAAUUACUUGACUGUGAUGAAAAUUCUAAGGUUUUGGAGAUUGGAUGUGGGAAUGGUAGCACUGUUCUGCCCAUUUUACGUGGCAAACACAGCACCAUUGUAUAUGCUUGUGAUUGUAGCACGGAGGCUCUUGAUAGAGCGAAGGAAAUAAUAGAAACAGCUGAUGGGGUCUCAGCUAAGCAUCGGUUUUGUCCAUUUGUCUGUGACUUUUCUGCGAAUAAAUUUCCAAAUUGGUUGAUUUGCAAUACCUGUCGUAGAACAUCUCUGAAACAGCUAGUGGAUUGUGAAACAGAUGUUAAAGAUGACAAAGAUACAGAUUUAGGUGCGUCAACCGCCUUGAAGGAAGCCCAAUGUUGUGUAGGCGGGGUUCAUUUUGUUACCUUGAUAUUCACAUUAUCAGCUGUACCAUCCGAAAAGAUGCCACCAGCAAUUGCAGAAUGCCUUGCUGUUCUAAGGCCUGGUGGGGUGCUCCUAUUCAGAGAUUAUGGUCUUUAUGACAUGACAAUGCUUCGAUUUCCAGCAAACCAAAGAAUAGGAUUAAGGGAGUACGUGCGAUCUGACGGAACACGUUCUUACUUCUUCUGCCUUGAAACAGUGAGGGAGCUUUUUGUUGCUGCUGGUUUUAUUGAGCUUGAGCUUGAUUACUGUUGCAUCAAUUCAGCGAACCGUCGACAUGGGAAGAGCAUGCGGAGAGUUUGGGUUCAUGGAAAGUUUCAGAAACCCAUUUGAUAAGCGAGGCAUUGAGGUGCAUCUACAGAGAAAACGAGUUUCCUUCCGUCCUACACCUCUUUUCGGUUUUCUGUUGCGCGCUGUACUUAGAUUUUCGUUGUAGUUUUUUUUUUUUAGCAUUACUCGUGUAAAGAUGAAGUGCAACUGAGAUGUUCUAGUUAGAAGUUAUGAUCUUGAAGUAGAAAAUUAUGAGUACGACACCAAAAUUCUAUAAUGUUCCACCUUGGGAGUCAGAUCUUCUGGGACGUUUGAAAACCAGAAGUCAAGCAGUCUCAACCAUAACAAAAUUGUAUCUUGAUAUACGAAAUGUACACUAAAGUAUUCAGGUUAGUAACAUAAAGUUUUUCUUUUA